AUGGCUCCACCAGCAAAGAAACCCAAACGACAAUUAUCUAAUGAUACUAAAUUAAUAAACAAAUUGAAAAACAUUAUUGGGCACAAUGUAAAUUCGGAUGCUUUAGAACAGCUUAUUGAAAGCUCGAAAGGUAAUUUAGAAAAAGCAGUAAAUAUGUAUUUUGAUAAAACAUGGGAAACAACGGCAACAAAGCCAUGGUCUCGACGAUAUAUUGGAAGUUUUGGGCUAGAAGGGUGGACAAGUGUAUCAGGAAAAGCGCUUUUAUCAGCGGGAGAAGUUGUUGUAUUGAAGAAACAAGCAUUUUGGGGAAGUAAGGGGGGUUCGAAGCUGACACAGAUACAACGAGGAGCAAAAAGAAGUGAUUUAGGUCGUAAAGCAUCUAGUAUUAUUAGAUUCUAUAAUUCAAAGGGAGUGGAAGUAGGACGCAUUCCACAAGAACCAACAGUAUAUAUGUCUUUCUUGUUAGAUCAAAAUACAUGUACAUUUUCAGCAAACUGUGUUUAUGCGCCACUUGAAAUGAAAAUAGGUGUGUGUUUUCAUAUAUAUAUUUAUUAUUUAAUAGUAGGCGACAAGGUACUGCUUCAAAUUACAUGUUUUAUUCACCGACAUGCGUUUUCCACUCUAAAACAUUCAUCAUUUCAGGAAAAGAGCACCAGAGAGGUUUCAAAGGUAGAAGAAAUACUUGAACUGCAUCGAAUGUCUAUUCUAUGGCUUUUAACAAAAAUUGGACUUGAACCGGAUCAUUCGAAAACUUCAGAGUAUAAGACCACCCUUAUAGAAGUAAUUAAGACGACGAAAAAAAUAUGCGAAUCAGUUCCUUUUAAAACGGUUCAUCUAAAUUCAUACAGUUCAGAUGAAUUGUCUCCAGAAGACCAAAAUAAAGAACUUGAAAAAGAGCAACUUGAUUUUCUAUACAAAAACACAGAAUCAUAUAAUCCUAACAUGAAAGAAAUGGAUCCUCCUUGUUCUUUUAAUCUAGAGCUUAAGCCUUAUCAAAAACAAGCUUUAUAUUGGAUGGUAAACAAAGAACAAGAAAAUAAUUCAUUAGAAGAAGCAAAUUCAAUACAUCCGUUAUGGAAAAUAUUUAGUUGGCCUUCUUAUGAUGAGAAUGGGGAAAGACUCUGUCUUGAAAAUACUGAUAAGUUCUAUGUUAAUCCUUAUUCUGGAAAACUAAGUCUUGAAUUUCCUAAAGCAGAUUAUGCUUAUUGCGGAGGGAUAUUAGCAGACGAAAUGGGUCUUGGAAAAACAAUUGAAAUUCUUAGUCUUAUUCAUUCUAAUAAGCCUAAAACACAAUCAAAUACUACAUCAUUUAUUAUAAAUUCCAGUACAUCUAUAAAAGCUUGUAGAACAACACUCGUUGUUGUUCCUAUGUCUUUACUUGAACAAUGGCGCUCAGAAGCGGAAAUUGCUUCAAAACCAAAUAGUUUAAAGACUCAAGUUUAUUAUGGAAUAGAUAAGUCUAUUGAUAUUUUGACACAAUGUCAAACUAGUAAUCAACCAGAUUUACUUAUAACAAGUUAUGGAAUUGUUCUUUCUGAAUGGUCUCAGAUGAUUGCAAACGAUAAAGCUUUUAAUUUAUUUGGAAUUGAUUUCUAUCGAGUUGUUUUAGAUGAGGCACAUUAUAUAAGAAACAGACUUAGUAAAACAGCAAAAGCCUGUUCUGCUUUAAAUGCAAAAAGACGAUGGGUAUUAACUGGAACACCGAUAGUAAACAAAUUGGAAGAUCUUUUUAGUCUUGUUCAUUUUUUGAAAAUUGAACCCUGGGGUAAUUUUGUAUUUUGGAAAACUUUUGUUACUGUUCCAUUUGAAUCAAAGAAUAUUUCUCAUGCUUUAAAUACUGUAAGUAUGAUUUUUCGAAAUUUUGUUUUACGUCGAACAAAAACAACAAAAGAUAUACAUGGUAAUUUGAUUAUUAGUCUCCCUCCUAAAGAAAUUAUAACAGAGGAAAUUAUUUUAUCUCCUAAGGAAAGAGAAAUUUAUGAUCUUAUUUAUACCAAAGCAAAACAAACUUUUAUUGAAAACUCAGCAGCAGGUACUAUAUUUAAGAAUUAUAUAACAAUUUUGACAAUGUUAUUACGCUUACGCCAAAGCUGUUGUCAUCCAUCUUUAAUUAAGCAUAGUGCAAAAAAUGAUCUUUUUGAUAUAUUAUUUCAUAAAGAAGAUAUUAAUGAUUCUAUUGAUAUUAAUAAUGACAUAGAUCUCAGAAAAUUAAUUGAACCAUUCAAUGAUCAAAUUACUAAAGAACAAAAUAUUAAUACAUAUACUACUUAUGCUAUCAAAAAUAUUUUGGAAAAAUCAGACAGCGAAUGUCCUAUUUGUUCUGCUGAUCCCAUAAUUGAAGAAGCUGUUACACCUUGCUGGCAUAUGGCAUGUAAAUCUUGUCUUGAACAACACAUAAAAUUUCAAGAAUCCCGUGGGGAAAAACCUUUAUGUCAUAUAUGCCGAUUGCCAAUUGAUAAACGAAAUAUUUAUUAUAUUAUUCGCAGAAAAAACAGUGAUACUGCUAAUCAUAAUUGUCAAGUUAUAUUACGCAAAUCUACAUUCAUUUCUUCCUCAAAAAUAAACGCAUUAAUUAAACAUUUAUUUGCAUUAAAGACAUCAGAUCCUUAUAGUAAGUCUAUUGUAUUUAGCCAAUUUACAUCAUUUCUCGAUCUAAUAGAAAUCUAUAUAAAACGAGAUAAUUUUGAAUUUCUUCGUUUAGAUGGGGGAAUGGCAAUGAAAGAGCGCUCAAUUGUUUUAGAAAAGUUCCGUUCAGAAAAAAAAGGACUAAUUUUAUUAGUUUCUCAAAAAUCAGGCAAUGUUGGUUUAAAUUUAACAGUUGCAUCAUCAGUUUUCAUUCUUGAUCCAUGGUGGAAUUUUACUAUGGAAGAUCAAGCCGUAGACAGGGUGCAUCGCAUAGGUCAAACUUGUCCUGUCAAAGUCAUACGUUUUAUCGUCAAAAACUCAGUAGAAGAAAAAAUGAUACAGAUAUGUAAACGUAAAUCAGCUCUUGCAAAUAUUUCUGUGGUGGAGCAUCAAUCACGUGAGGAAAUGACAAAACAACGUUUAGAAGAAUUAAAAACACUUUUUGAAUAA